AUGGUCGCACAUUUCAAUGACUUUGCCAACCUGUGCUUUGAACGAUUUGGCAACCGAGUCAAAUACUGGAUUACGUUCAGCAAUCCAUGGUCCGUAGCAGUGGAAGGCUAUGAAACAGGUGAGCAUGCUCCUGGACUGAGGACGAGAGGAACCGGAGCAUACCGGGCUGCCCAUCACAUCAUUAAGGCUCAUGCUAAAGUUUGGCACACAUAUGACACGCAGUGGAGGGCAAAACAAAAGGGUCUUGUCGGCAUCUCCCUGACAGCAGACUGGGGCGAGCCUGUAGACAUCAGUAACCAGAAGGACAUCGAGGCAGCAGAAAGAUACGUCCAGUUCUCUCUUGGCUGGUUUGCAACGCCAGUAUUUCACGGAGACUACCCUCAAGUGAUGAAAGACUUUAUUGGUAGGAAAAGUGUCCAGCAGGGUCUUGGGGCAUCUCGUCUGCCCACAUUCUCCCCCCAGGAGAAGAGUUACAUCAAGGGUACUUGUGACUUCCUGGGCAUCAGUCACUUUACCACACGCUACAUCACCCAGAAGAAUAACCCAUCGGGUCGCGGCACCAGCAGCUUCUUCAUGGACCGUGACUUGGCUGAGCUGGUUGACCCGCAGUGGCCUGACCCUGGCUCGGAGUGGCUCUACUCUGUGCCGUGGGGUUUCAGACGCAUGCUCAAUUUUGUUAAGACUCAGUAUGGAAACCCAAUUAUUUAUGUGACCGAGAAUGGCGUCUCAGAGAAGAUGCAAUGCACAGAGCUGUGUGAUGUCUGGAGGAUACAGUACUAUAAAGACUACAUCAAUGAGAUGCUUAAAGACCCACUGACCAGCCACAUGGAGAUGGUAACUGAGAUUGUUGUUCCGACCGUGUGCACACUCUCCAUUUUACUGAGUGCCAUCUUCCUCAUGUUCCUGCUACAGAGGCGGAACUAAAUGGUGCAACAAUCAC